UGUCAUUUUAAAAGUCAAGCGUCGACAUAAAGUGAUGUUAUUUAUUUAUUUCACAUAUAUUUUCUUGGCGUCUUUGUGACGAAUAUUUUACCAUUUAAAUAAUUAUUUAUAUAGACUUAUAAUUUAAAAAGAGUUAUUUGAGAACAAUGACUUCUUUAGCGUUUAAAGUUAAAAGUAAAAAUGGUCAGCAGAUAUUGAAAGAUUUGACCUCUGAAAGUACUGUGGGUGAAUUAAAAAUGUUUCUUUCGAGUAUAUCAGACGUUAGCGCCGAAAGAAUCUGCGUAUUGUGUGGAUAUCCACCUAAACCAUUAGACAUUAGUAACGAUAACAAAAAAAUUACUGAUAUUGGUUUAAAAACGGGGGAGUCAUUAAUAGUUGAAGAGAAAUCAGCGCCAGCACCAGAAAAUAAGAAACCAGAGAUGACUAAGCCAGUGGAGAAUGGCGUGUCGCACGAAACAAUAGGACCCUGCAGACCUGGGAUUUUAAUGAAAAAAGUUGUUCCUUCUGAUAACUCUUGUCUCUUUACUAGUAUAGGUUUUGUAUUAAAUGGUAAUAUAGAUACAACAGUCCAUACACUUAUGCGUCAGAUUAUUGCAAUGGAAGUAGCUAGCGAUCAUAACACAUACAAUGAGGGUGUCUUGGGACGUCCAAAUGCAGAAUAUUGUGCUUGGAUUCAGCAACCUAGCUCUUGGGGUGGGGCGAUCGAGGUGGCGAUUCUGUCACGUUUCUAUGGUUUAGAAAUGGCUGUGGUAGACACACUUAAUGCUAUAAUAAAUAGAUUUGGCGAAGAUAAGAAUUACGGUCAGAGAGUAUUUCUCUUAUUUGAUGGAGUACACUACGAUCCAUUAUACUUAGAACAAUCUGAUGGUGGGAUUCAAACGAUAUUCCCCUCCGAGGAUAUGGAUAUAUAUAGGGAAGCGGAACAAUUAGCUAAGGAGGCGAAAUCGUCACGUCAAUUCACAGAUUUAAACAAAUUCACAUUAAAAUGUAUGAUCUGUAAUAAACUAUUGACUGGACAGGUCGAAGCUCAGAAACAUGCUAAAGAAACUAAACAUACUAACUUCGGUGAAGUGUAAAAGUUCAAUUUGAUAAUUAACAUCAGAUUUGAGUCCCAUAUUUAAUUUGUUUUUUUUUUUCAUAUAAUUGUCAUAUCUUGUAUGUACACAUUUCUUACAUGAGAUAAUUCCUGAAAAAAUGUAGGACAUUUAUUAAUUUUAAUUUUUAAUGUUAUGGAUUGCUUAACGUUUGAAUGUCACAAAAUAAAAGUGAAAUUAAAUUGUACAGCGAUGCUAUACCAGAUGAAUAUAUUUUGUCAUUUUGUUAAAUAUUUAAUAAAUUAAUCAUUUUUA